GGCCUUAAAGAUACUCUCUCUCUAGUCUUUCUCAAGUCUCAGCACCUGCAGCUUAAAUUCAAAUCGCUUUCUCAAUUUGCGGUUACCAUUCCCAGUUUCUCUCGACGUACUGCUUCCCCGGAGAUAUAGCGAGCGAACGGGAAAUUCAAACUGAUGGGAGCGUAUUGCAACGAAGACCUAACUUUGCCGGUUUACUCCGCCUGCGCUCCGACGGACGAGCUCCGGCUCACCAAGCAUGUCUACGACAACGUCCAUGGAAACAUCUAUCUCGAUCCUCUUUGUUUAAAAUUCAUUGACACAGAGCAGUUUCAGAGGCUUCGUGAGCUAAAGCAACUUGGAGUUACGAACAUGGUUUAUCCAGGAGCUGUUCAUUCUAGAUUUGAGCACUCUCUAGGCGUGUAUUGGCUUGCAGGCGAAACUGUUAAGAGGCUAAAAAACUUCCAGGUAGGAACGGAGCUUGAUAUUGAUAGAUAUGAUCUUCAGACUGUGAGACUUGCUGGACUUCUCCAUGAUAUUGGCCAUGGGCCUUUCAGUCAUAUGUUUGAGCGUGAGUUUCUCCCAAAGGUCAUAAGUGGCUGUCAGUGGUCUCAUGAGUUAAUGUCUGUAAAAAUGAUUGACCAUAUGGUGGAUACGCAUCACAUUGAUAUUGAUGCUCAAAUGCUGAAAAAAGUGAAGGAUAUGAUCCUAGCUAGUACUGAAUUUUCACAGCUAAACAGCAACACAGAGAAACGUUUCUUGUAUGAUAUUGUUGCUAAUGGUCGAAAUGGGAUUGAUGUGGACAAGUUUGACUACCUUGUUCGCGAUUCUCGAGCUUGUGGAUUAGGAUGCAAUUUUCAGUUCCAGAGACUGACAGAGACGAUGAGAGUCAUGGACAAUGAAAUAUGCUUUCGCGCUAAGGAGUAUCGUAAUGUCCACAAGUUAUUUGCAACUCGAGCUGAUCUCUAUCGAACUGUCUACACGCAUUCGAAAGUAAAGGCAAUAGAGCUUAUGAUAGUAGAUGCUAUGGUCAAAGCCGAUGAUCACUUGGGGUUUUCGUCUCUCAUUAAUGACCCAUCUCAAUACUUGCUUUUGGACGAUACAAUCCUCAAAACCAUUGAACUAUCUCCUGAUAAAGAACUUGCAGAAGCUAAAGACUUACUACUCCGUAUUCGCAGAAGGCAACUGUACCAAUUCUGUAACGAGUAUGCGGUUCCAAAGGACAAAAUCGAUCAUUUCAAAGCUGUCACUGCCCAGGAUAUCAUCUGUUCUCAGAAGCAUACUAGCUUAACAUUGAAAGAAGAAGAUAUCGCUGUUACCAACGUCAAGAUUGAUUUAGCUCGUGGAAAAGAAAAUCCGCUUGAAUGCAUCCAUUUCUUCAAGGAUUAUGAGAGUGAAGAGAAGUUUGUGAUACCUGACGAACGAGUUAGUCACUUGUUACCAACAACAUAUCAAGAUAUGAUAGUGAGAGUAUAUGCCAAAAAACCAGAAUUGGUAGAAGCAGUUUCUGAGGCGUUCGAAAACUUCCAGAUGAGAACGUAUGGAAUCAAAGCUCAAGUGCACGAAACACCCGAGAAAAAGAAACGCCGCGUGAUGUGGAACUAAAACGCACCUACGUAGCCGUCAAUCAUUCAUCUAAUCGUUUUUUCCCGUCUUCAAACUCUACAAUUACGGAAGUGUGUAUAUACUAGCACGCGUAUAGGCUUUUACAAUACGGCGUCAUUUUGGUUUCAUACCGGAGCCUUGGACUUAGACAGUGUCUUUAUACGGAAGAGGAAAGGGAUAGCAUAGGCACUCUUCUUAAUGUUUCCUACGUAAUUCGUAAGGUUUUUAGUCUUAAGCUGUGUUUGUCACUGCUUUGCAGAUUCUGUUUUUUUUUUUGUCGAACUAAGCAGAUUCUGGUUAUUUUCUCCUCUCUAUGCAAAUAGACUUCGCAUUUUUUUUGGAUAUUUUCUUAACCACUUUUAAGU